CAUUGUCAGUGUCAGGUUCAGUGAGAAAUUGUGUAAAGUUUCAACUUGAUCCGAGUUUCGGAAAUGUGUGAAAAAAACAUAUUCAAACCUUUUGCCGGACAGACAGACCGAGUGAGGUGAAAUAAUCUUUGUAAUCGAGGUGUAUUGUGUACCUAACUUUGUUAGACAAUUUAAAAAGCUGUUAAUAGCUUGUGCUGGCUAUAUGAUACUCCUAGCUAACCUAUGAGUAAACUAUAAGCCCUAUGCCGCUAGGUCUUUCUUUAGCUAUAAUGCCUAUAACAUUGAUUUUGUAUUAUUUCAAACAAAGAAGGAUGUUAAAAGAAAUCACAUUGUGUAUGUGUGUUGUACUGUGGGAGGCUAUCAGUUCUACUACUAGCAUUCGUGACUGCAUGAAAUAUUGAAUUGGUAAUGUACCAUGUAUGUUCUAUAGUGAGUUUCACUCGGCACAAAACUAAUUGGUCACUAUAAUAAGAUAACAGGUUGUUAGAAGAAAUCUUUGUUCACUACUGAUUAAGUCAACAAGACAAGCCUAUAUCUCUGGCCUCUACCUACUAAAUCUUCAAUAGAAUGCCGGUGCCUACGUCAAUAAAACGUAUGAAAAGAUUGAUGAUUUUCCUGGCUGGUCUAACCGUCGUAAUGUGGUUAGCAUCUUCACUUGUAAUAAGCACGUUCUCUCUCGCUAUACCUAUCAGAACCAGUGAGAACAGCACUAAGGAAUCAUAUAUUGAACUUUCCAAAAACAGCGUGAACAUGGUCAAAAACAACGUCAGGAUUCAAAAUAGAUCUCUAGAAAAUAAAACAUUGACAGAGAUCGACAGACUCAUUGCAGAAAACAAGAAAUUAAAAGAACACAUGUAUACUCAGGAGGAGGUCAUCUCAUUUCUAUCUCAACCAAUCCUAAACGAGUACAGUAUUAAAUACAUGUUCAAUCCAAGCACGGCAUGCGCAGAAAAUAUGAAUCGGGUCUUGUUUAUUGUCCCAUCAAAAACAAACAAUUUCGACAACCGAAACAAAGUCCGGCAGAGCGAGCGAGGGAAGUUUGUCAACAUGACGGAGAAUGGUUCGAAGCUUUUCUUUUUUCUGGGAAGACACCCAGGCGGCUCACAAAAAAUUCAGCGCCUGAUAGAAGACGAGAUCGUUACGUAUAGAGACAUCGUUCAGAUUGAUUUUACUGACACUUAUGCAAAUAUCCUUCAGAAGACUGUCUCCAUGUUACAUUGGGUCACUCAUUUCUGUUCCAAUACUUCUUUUGUCGUCAGGACGGAUGAUGACGUCAAGGUCAAUGUCACUGACAUCAUCUCAGCGCUAGAAGAAAAACGUCGCACCUUCCGACAUUUUUUGCUCGGUGAGAUCCAAGAAGGAUGGGAGCCAAUCCGCAACAGGCACAGCAAAUACUUCUUGUCAAUGACGGAAUAUCCGCACCCCCUCUUGCCGCGGUUCGCCAUAGGAGGAUUGCUGGGAUUUCCCGCUGCAACUGCUGCGCUGUUGUACCAGUGUGCGUUGAGGCUCAAGCUGAUCUGGCUAGAUGACGUGUUCAUUACAGGACUUUGCGCGCCAAAAGUGGGUGUGACGUUGAUAGGUGAUCCUAGAUUUACUUUUAAGCACUGGGAUUGGUGAUACAAAAAUGUAUCAAGCAACAAAAUGUGUUAAAUUAUUGAAUGCAUAUUUAACAAUCGAAAAUAUAGCAAAUAUUUGUAAAGAAUCACAAGUACUCAAUAUUUUAAAAGAAUCACAAGUAGUCAAUAGUUGUAAAGUAUCACAAGUAGUCAAUAUUUGUAAAGAAUCACAAGUACCCAAUAUUUUAAAAGAAUCACAACUAGUCAAUAUUUGUAAAGAAUCACAAGUAAUUAAUAUUUUAAAAGAAUCACAAGUACCCAAUAUUUUAAAUGAAUCACAAGUAGUCAAUAUUUGUAAAGAAUCACAAGUACCCAUUAUUUUAAAUGAAUCACAAGUAGUCAAUAUUUGUGAAGAAUCACAAGCAAUCAAUAUUUGUAAAGAAUCACAAGUAGUCAAUAGUUGUAAAGAAUUAUAAGUAGUCAAUCUUUACACAAAAUUUUCACAUGUACAUGUGUGAUUUUAAUACAUGGAGGUGCGGUGGCUGAGUGGUAAAGCGCUUGGUUUCCGAACCGAGGCCCCGGGUUCGAAUCCUAGUGAAGACUGGGAUUUUGAAUUUAGGAAUCUUUGGAUGCCUCUGAGUCCACCCAGUUCUAAUGGGUACCUGACAUUAGUUGAGGGAAAAGUAAAGGUGGAUGGUGGUUGUGCUGGCCACAUGACACCGUCGUUAACCGUAGGCCACAGAAACAGAUGACCCUUACAUCAUCUGCCCAAAUAGACCACAAGGUCUGAAAGAGAAACAUUUUUCAUACAUGGAGGCAAAUACAGAAAUCGAAAUGAUUGAUAAGCAAAGCUUGGCUGGUUUGGUGACAAUUUGGUCAUAUUGAAAGACCUGACUCACUAUCAAAAGUCAUCCUUCAAGGUACAGUGGUGGGAGCACGAAUGAGGUGUCAUUCAAAGAUAAGCUGGCAGGACAAUGUCAAAGAAUGGAUCAAUCUCUCUUUUGACAUCUAAUUAACAGCACUGCUACGACGAAUUUCAAGGGACAGAUGAAAGAGAGAGAUAAUCACAUUGAAAAGCUCUUUCGAUUUUGGUUCCAAAUAAUCUAAUAUACAAACUAGAAAGUAUGGUAUUAUUAUUAUAGCUUUUAUAUAGCGCUACUUUCAUGCUUAUAGCCUGCUCAGAGCGCUUUUGGUCCAAUCUCAUUUGUGGACCAGUGGGGGGGGAGGGGUAUCUAGGAGUUAGUUCUCCGUGCUGCCUUUAGGCGCUCAGUAAACACAACUCUGCCCGAGUCGGAUGUCGAACCUCGAGCCCCCUUCUAGGUAGCCAAGCCAAGUUCAAGCGCACUUGGCCUCUCGACCACAUAACGUAUAUAAUACAGACGUUAUUUCUUGAAGAUGAUUACGUCCUACACGUCAUGCAUUUAGUCAUGCAUUCAGUCAUGCUUGGUAACAAAUGACCUUAAUUCAGCCAAGUCAUUGGUUUUCCUGGCUGGCUUAGGCAACCCAUUCCAUGCUCUAAUAGCACUAGGGAAGAAGGAGCAUUUGUAUAUGUAUAAAUAUCAUAGCCAAUGGAACGAGAAAUGUGCCUCUAUCUUUGUGUCUUUCUGAGUAUUUUAUUAGCUUUUGUUUUUGUAUUUCAAGAUUAUGGUUCACUUUUUUUUAUGUAUAUGUAUGUACGUAUGUAUUGUAUGUAUGUAAUGUAUGUAUGUAUGUACGUAUGUAUUGUAUGUAUGAAUGUAUGUAUGAAUGUACGUCCCGCAUAGAAAUUAAAACCGUUUGAAACAAACAUCUAUAAAAAAGCUAACAAGAUCCCCGAAAUAAAGAAUCACCCUUUAUGUCAGGAUUUUAUGAUUUUACCAUCACAAAAGAGAUACAAGACACCGAUAGCAAAGACAAACAGACACAAACACUCUUUUGUUCCCCUGGCAAUCAAAUCAUUAAAUAAGAACAAUCUGGUAUAAACUUUGUCACAUGUAAAUUAUGAGUGAGUCUGGUGUGAAUGUACACUUUGGUUUCUUAUAGUUAUAAUGUUUUUUGUUUGGUGUAAUGCACAAAUUGUAAGACAAAUUUCCUUACGGAUAAUAAAGAUUAUUAUUAUGUCAGAAAUGAACGAGUAGUCAUUCUCUGGCGCUGCUAGGGUCGAGUUUCGCUAAAGAGAAACAAAAUUCAUCGUAGUCCCUUUAACAGUUUCCACUGAGGAAUUUUCUGGUGAUGUGGCAGGUCUGCAGCAGUACCGCCCUCUGACAGGCAACAAAGAUGUUCCUAGGAAUGUUAAGGGCCUUGAAGGUGUCUGUGAGGUCAGUUGUUAUUAUCCCCUCGUUUGAUAUAACAAUGGGGUAUAUUGUUAUUUUGGACAAUUUCCAUAGACGCUUAAUCUCCAAGGCCAGGUUCCCAUAUUUUCUUUGUUUUUCUAUCUCAGUUUUUCUUAAAAUUAUGAGACAGUGGUACGGCGAUAUCGAUAAUGGUAGCGGUUUUUUCUUUUUUAUCGAUGAACAGCAGAUCCGGAAGAUUGAAAUCUACCGUUUUGUCGGUCAGAAUAGGCCUUUCCCAGUACUGCAGAUGUUCAGUAGACUCGAGAACCUCUUGCGGGGAGUAUUUAUAAUAAGGGGGAGUGUCCUUACCGAUCAAUUUGUACGUCAAAGCCAGGUGUUGGUGUAAUAACUUUGCAACUUGGUUAUGGCGACCUAGGUAGGCUGAUUCUGAUAGGGCUGGACAUCCUGCCAUAAUGUGUUCAAUCGACUCGCCCACCUUUCCACAUUUUCAGCAUUUGUCGACAACAUUGAGUUUCAGGAUAUGCUUCUCGUAAUUUUUUGUCCUGAUUACUCUGUCCUGUAUUGCUGUAACAAAGCCUUCUGUUUCAGGGUAGAGAUGACCUGCUUUGAGCCAUGUUAAGGAAGCAGCCUUGUCGAUGUUGUCCCCAUGUAAUGAAGCCGGAAAUUUUCCGUGGAGUGUUUUUUCUUCCCAUUGGCGAAUCUCAUGCCCUACGUCGUCCAAACCGACAUUGACAUCAGCAUUGUGUAGGUUCAGAGGGGUUGCAUCGGAGUCGUAUUUCCGUAGGAAGGAAACUAAUUUGUUGCUGGAGGCGAGCAGUUUUGAUCGUAUUUUUUAAACUUGCAUCUUACACAAUUUGAAGAUGUUCUGCAAUCCACGACCCCCAUCCUUCCACCUAUUAUUAUUAUUAUUAUUAUUAUUAUUAUUGAUCAAACUUGGCAUACAUUUUCCUUAGAUCAUAGACCGUAGACCGUAAGGUAUGCUUGAUUGCCCCCUUUCCCAUACAUUUAUCUCCAUUAAAGGAUUCAUAUUUUUUAUAAAUCGGGUAACUUCUUUUUCAUAUCAUUUAUAUUUGAUUAUAUGAACAUGUCGGUUAAACUGGUAAACCCAUUUUCACAUUCUUCUUUUUUUUUUCGUGGCAAUUUUUUUUUUAAUGUCAAAGGAACAUUCGCUAAAUGCAAUCCACUAGAUCAGUAAACCUUAAACUAAUGCCCGAGGGCAUAUCCGGUUGGGUGUUGUUAUUUUUUCGGCAACACUCAUAUUUCAAUAUGGCGUCCUUAACAUUGAUUAUUUUGUUUAUUUAUUUCCCACACUUCAUCUUUUCAAACUUUUUACGUUUCUCUUUAAGUCCAUUACAUCGCCGUCACAUUUCUUCAUAUCUUUGUGUUUUUCUCCUUUACUGUAUUUUAUGGUUUAAAGAUCAUACAUCUCAACGUGCAAACAAAGAAAAGAUUACUGCGAUGAACUUUUAGAGUUUAAACACCAUGAAAAUCUCCAAAACUGAAGAUGGCUAGAGCUAUAUAUUUAAACGUAAAACUUUUUUUUUUUCUGUUAUGAAUGUGGCAAAAUAUUUAGGUCACAGCUGGGACCGGAAAAUUGGUAUUUUUCAUUUCGGGAUACGCCUCUGAGUCAGCCCAGAUUGAAAGGUUUCCUAACAGUUGGGGAAAACUAAAGGCGGUUGAUUGUUGUGCUGGCCACAUCACAUCUUCGUUAAACAGAUAAACAAAAGACCUUACCCAUCAUCUGCCCCUUAUAGAUCGCAAGGUCUGAAAGUGGAAAAACUUACUUUUGAUGAAGAAAAAUUAGGUUUUAAUUUCUCUUCCGAAAUCUACUAAUAUAUGUUGUUUUUUUACAUUUAUUUUUCUUUUGCUCUUGGAAAUAAUUUUGGCUUUAUUAAAGAUGUACCACUCUUAGAAACACUUAUGUAAAUUGAUUUAUUAUGGAAGAAAAAAAACUAAUGGUUAUUGUAUUUUGCGUGAUUUAUACAUUGUUUACACUUUGAUUGCUGAGAGCCGUGAAGCUUUUAAUUUGGUGAAGGCUAAGAAAGGAUGCAAUAAGAUGGCGCGUAAAUGUUGGCAAAGAUAUGUCGUUGUGUACUGUUCGAAGCCAUAGACGUUAAUUACUGUUUUUCCCUUUCACGCUGUAGGUCUGGUGAAGUAAACGGUGUCAAGUUUUUUUUUCCUUUGACGUCAAUAGAAACCUUUUUAUUCAUAAAAAGAUGUCAAGCCAAAAUAAAUUAUACGAUAAUGAAACAUGUUUAAACCAAUGUAACGGUCGAACUCGAGUUUUCGCAAUGUGGACAAGAGAUUUGUUUUUUAAAUUUAUAUACAUAUACCUUGGAAUGUUUAAAAACAUCGUUAGAGUCGUUUUCGAAAUAAAAUUUAUAUGUAUAUAUAUAAAUAUAUUUACGUACAAGAAUGGCUCGGUUAUGAGUAUUGGACAGCGAUGUCCAACCUUACUCAUACUACGGGAUAUUUCAAUUUUCAACACGCGUGUCGCGGGCCACACCAACGAAAGAUACAGAAACGAAAUGCAAUUAACCUGAAACUCUUAGAUAAAAGAAACCUUAGGAUCUAGCACCCGUAGUUUAACAAUCUUUUAUUCAAAUCAAGAAUACCGUUUAAGUAUUUUUUUUAACAGCCAAACUUUCUUUAAGAAACAAACACUGUCAAUUACUUAUAAUGCUCCACAAGCAGGUAAAGAUUCGUUCACUUUUGCUUGUAGAUUCUAUAUUCGCCUCUCGUAAACGCACAAAUGUGUAAGUCCAUGGCAGCAAUCAAUUAGAGAAUAAAUUAGAGUCCUAACGUAGGUAAAGAUACAUUUUUCAAUCACUUAAAUUUAUACACCGACGUUUGGCUGGCCGGAUGGAACCACGUCGCAGGCUGGAUCUGCCCGUAUUUUGGGCAUCACUGAUAUAGAUUAUAAAAACUAUAAAAGUUUCUUUCUCAUUUAAAAAAACAACAUUAUCAAUGUUCUUAGGUAUAUAGGUAUCGAACUUAUUUUCUGAUAUGAAUAUAAUUACCUCCUUACCACAAUGUCUAAUUGGAGAUCUUCGCAAUAAACUAAACAAUGUCUAAUUAGAGAUCUUCGCGAUAAACUAAACAAUGUCUAAUUAGAGAUCUUCGCGAUAAACUAAACAAUGUCUAAAUGUUGACUCUUACAGUCAAAGUGUAAGGCUUCCUCCACAUUGAGAUUAUUUUGAGCUAUCAACGGAAAGAGCUUUGAAUAUUUGAAAAUGCUGCGCCAAAAAUUUGCACCAGAAGUAUCGUAUACUUGUAAUCACAUUCAGAGCUUGUCUAAUCUUUUUUAGCGGCCCCCGUAAGGGGAAAAAGCCGCUAUUAGGUUUGUGCAAAAUGUCCGUCUGUCCGUCUGUCCGUCUGUCUGUCUGUCCGUCUGUCACACUCAGAUCUCGAAAACUAGAAGAUAUGAAAAAUAUUAUUUCAUCAUUAAAUGCGGCUUGAAAAGUUUAGGUGCAACGGCUACUUUUGGUUUUCUAAAAGCAAACCGUUUAAUUUAUAAAAUUAAUUAUGCAAGUGAUUUUUUCAGAAAAAUACACCAAUUCUAAAACAAUUAGGUAAAUGUAAGAGAGGCAAUGUUACAAUAUGCUAACAAAGAUGGUCAAUUUUUGUGUAUUUUCAGUAUCACUAAGUCAAAUAUAUUGAUAAAAUGUACAAGAAAUGUUUACAACAAAUAUAAAUAAUAGUUAAAGAUGUUUUUUCUGGUCAACUAGCUGCUAAAAUUAAAAGAAAACAUUUUUGUUUGUUUAUAAAGGCUAAUAAUGCAUUUUGUAUGUAAAUAUCACGCACAUUUUUUAAAAUGGUCUUUUUAUGCAGCGACUUUCGUGCAGUAGCGUAACGUCGCAACAUGAUCACUUGCUAAACCAAUUCCUUAAACUUUAAAAAAAAAUCAGAUUUUAUUUAUUUUUUGAUUAGUGCCCCCAUCCAAAUAAAAGAAGAUUAUUUUUGUGCGUUUUGUCUGUUGGUCGGUCUGUCCGUCACGAUUGGAUUAACAAUUAACACUAGAGGCUAUUGUAAAUCUGAUUUAACCUUUAAUUUUUCAUUCAGAAAUAUUGCAAUAGUUUUAAGUAUCUAUAAUAGAUUGUUCCGGAUGUUUUGUGAAAAACAAAUCAAUGCCAAUGAAUAUUUGUUUGCUCUUCUAACUUAUAUUAGAUUUUAUUUCCAUGCUUAAACGUUGCAAGAAACACAUGAUCUUUAAUAUAUUGUUCCGGUUUUUAAUGUAAAUAGCAAUAUAAAUGCUAAAUUAAAAUAUCUAUACUGAUUUAUAUUUCAUUAACUAUAAAGUUGUUCCGGAUAUUGUUUUAUAAAAAAUAAAUUAUGUCAAAUGAUUGUUUGAAAUCGCAUUAUUGACUAAUAUUACACUUAUAUUCUUUGACACAACGUCACUAUAGUUUAUUUAUCAAUAUCAAUUGUUCCGAAUUUUUAAUUUAAAACAACUUUAUGUCAAAUAAUUUUUUUUUCAAAAAUAUCGACAA